AUGGCGACAUUCUCACCCCCGAAGCACACUUCCGGCUUCCUGGUGGCCCCCCGAGUGCCCCAGGGUCUCGCAGCAGCAGUAGAGGGUCUGACCCGGGAGGUGAUCCGUAACAAGCCUGAGGACAUUUACGUCUUCGCAGCGCGUCACUUCGAGAAUCUCCUCCAGCUCCGUGAGCAGUACGAAACGAGCGGGAUCCCCCUCGAAAGAGACCCCAGGACCCUCCGGGACAUGGGCCUGACCCACGUAACCUCCCCGGAGCGUCGAAAAACUUCGACUCAAGCGCGCCUCGAGGCGGAGCGCAGCGGCUGGUCCCUGAACCAAACGGCGAAGGUCCUGAAGCGCCACCGAAGCAUCAUCACUGACUCCCCCACCUCCCAGGACCCAUUCCACCCCCCUUCCGACUACCAUCCCCCCUCCAGUGCAAGCCCACCCCACCACAUCUGCUCGAAAACCCCGAAAAACUCCCGAAGACCCUCGAGGCCCUUCGAGAGCUCGCCCUCCUCCUCCCAAUCCGGCGACUCCGAACCCCGAACAACUCCAAAGAUCCUCUCCAGGAUGUCCACGGAGAUGACCUCUCGAGACAUAAAAAACGAGCUCCGAAAGAAUAGAAUAAGCAGUAGAGAGCGAAGGUCGAAGCCCAGAAGACCAGAAGCCGAAGAAAACAGAUCAAAAAUCGAAGGAUUCGACACGUCCGAGUCCUUCGAGACCCAGAGGAAACCGUCAAAGCGAUCAUCAGACAGGUCAAGACGACCCGAGGACCGAAGAAAAGAUAAACAAAAUGGCGGCAGCCCGAGUGACGACAAAAUGUCGAGAACGCCGAGUAUGGACAAGGUGAAAGACUACGUAGUCAGGAAAUUCUCGUCGACGAAGAGUCUGGAAGAGCUUCAAUCCUUGAACUACGUGGAGAAGGUCCAGAGCAUCAUCGACUCGACGGAGCCCAUAAUCCGGGAGAAGAUUGAGGAGUUGAAGAACGAGAUGAUCAACUCGAGGAAGAGAUCAAACGCUUCGGAGUCGUUGAAGACCGCUGAGACCCCACAGGCACCCGCAGAUGUCCUGGAGAGCCGGUUGAACGACACGCAGAGGCUCUUGGAGAAUGUCUCCUCGGAGUUGUCAAAGCCCCCAGGCCGUUCUCGAUCGGCAAGGGCUUUGAGAAGAAUCAGAAGUGUCUCGAUGAUCUCCACGGAGGACAUCAACGGCGGAAGCCACGAGAGAAACGAGGAGUUCAUGAUCUCAGAGCUCUUGAUCUCCAACGGCCAGCGAGAUGGUCUCGAUGUGAGGAUCAAAGACCAUGACCACGUCCUCGAGGAUCGCAAAUACCGCAGGUCCCACUCGGCAAAAGGAAGCAGAAGGAACAUAAAUAUCUUUGAGCCUGAGAAGUCCCCUGACAAGUUCUCGCAGAACGAAGCACUCGAGUCAAUGCUCAACGAAACCAGGAGCAUCCUGGCGGAUAUUUCCACCUCCUUCUCCUUCCAAAACGGCCACAGAAGGUCCAGAGGAAGCGCAAGCGCCUCGUCCUCAUCAAAAUCCGAUGACUGUGACUUCCAAGACAUGUUGGGACUGUCCAAAGUAUCUCUCCCAGAAGUUCGACCGAAAUCCUCGAAGAACACCAAUAGGAGCCUUCAAAAAAAUAAUCUGGGGGAUAUUGUCCUGCCUGCGAUAUCCCCAGAAGCUCCGAAAUCCUCGAAAAUCAGAGAGGAGCUGAUCCUCCCAGUGUUAUCCCCUCCGAACACCUCGAAAGACCCUGAAAUCCCAGAGCUCCCAGUGGAGGAGGUCUUCAAAGACAGUUUGAAUGUCUCCCCAGAGCCGUCGGACCUCCAGCGGCCGGACUCCCUGGAACCCGAAGAGAGGAUUGAGGACAUCGAGCCCCCGACAUCAGAGUUGAAACAGAAACUGUUAGAAAUCCACGAAGCAGAGAAGAAGAUCGAAAAGGUCUUCAGGAGUGAAUCAAUCCCAGCCCCUGAGGAGAUCGAACCCACGGAAUCAGAUGACGAGUUGAAGAGAAAGCUCAUGGAGCUGAUGGAGGCCGAGAGGGAGAUCGAGAAUGCUCUGGAUGGUGCGCAAAAACCUGAAUCACCUGAUGAAGCACCUCCCAGUCAUCGGCAAUCAGAUCAACCUGAGGAUGACGAUGAGGGGUUGAAGGCAUCAUCAAGAGCGUCAGCAGAUCCUAAAGGCUCUCCUCACACGUACGUCCUGACUGAGGGCUCCCCUUACGAUAUCCCAGAGUCCGUGACAACGGUUAUAAUCCCAGAGCACACGCCAUCUCCAGGACCUGAUGAUCAUAAAUUACCUCAGGUUCUUGAGGAGCUUGAGAACCCCGAGAGAUCGCGGGAUCCCUCGUCGUCCUUCGGGGAGGAGAUCAUCCUCGAGGAGCCGAAGGACUCCCUGAUCGAUAUGAUCCCGAAGAAGCCAGAGAUGAUCCCCAAGAAGCCUGAGAUAACAAUCCCGAAGCAGAACCUCCAAUGCAUCAACGAAGAGGAAGACCUGGAAGAGGAUGAAACUGUUGAUAAUGGCACCUCGGACCCCCCCACAAGCUUCCUGGAUGUCGAAGAGGAGACGAAUGACCAGAAGUCAAUGGACGCUUCCGAUGACUUCGGAAGACCUGAAUGUAUUUCGAUGUCUUCAACAUCCGCGAAAGAAACCAGCAUCACUGAUGGGCCUAUGGAGACCCCCAAGGACCUUCCGGACUCCGGGGAGGACGUCAGUACUGUCUCAGCAAGCGCUGAAUCCUCGAACGAAGCGAAGGAGACGACUCUCACUGACGGAACAAGCUUCUCCAUCGAUCCCACAAGACCUUUCGUCCCGGAACUGAACCUGGAUUCCCUCCAGGACAUCACUGUUUCGUCCUUCAAGAUGACUGAGGACGAGUAUGAACCUGGGGAUAACGAGAAUACCAACUCCUUCACGGAAACUUUGACCCCUGAUGAGAGGGACAGAGGGAGACGUGGGGAGGAGGGUUUGGAGGGCUGUGAGGACGUUGAUGAGGAUCGGAGUGGAGUGUCUGAGUCUCUAGGAGCUAGGGACGAUGAGGAGGAGGUGAAGCACCUGGAGACUGGUGAGGAUGUUUUUGUUAAGGAAUUUGUAGAGGUGAGGGAGCCCCUUUGUGAGAAGAAAGUUGUUUAUGUCACUGGGCCAAAUGAGGAUCUUGGGAAUGAGGAGAAGACAGAAGUUGAAGUAUCUCAUGAAGAUCUUCCUCAUGAUUCUGGGGGAGACCCUCCGGAGGCACGUGCAGAGUCAGAUCUAGAUAAAGAAGGGAAAACUGAUGAGGAGAAGGGGUCGGAGAGCGAUCAGGGGACUGAGAACUUAACGGAGGAAGACACUCCUCUGGCUGUGUCCAGGUCGGCUAGUCAGUGCACGACGAGGAGAGUCAGUUCUGGGAAUUUAGCGAGGAUGAGGGACACUCGGGUGGAGGAGGGCGAGGAGGAGGGGGAUGGUAGGAGUGAUGAGGCGAGGGUGAAGUUCUUGGGGGAGGGCGAGGGGGAGGUUGACCCUGGGGAGGUGGGAGGGAAGGAGAUUGAUAUAGCGGCUGUGGGGGACGAUGCUGAGGACGAUCGGGAGAGGAUGGAGAGCAAGGAGUAUCAUAUUUACGUUCCCGAGUUGGAUCAGAGUGAGGAGUCGACGACGGAGUCGAGUUUCAAUUCUGCGGCUACGAAAAUUCAAGCAGGUGUCAGGGGUUUCCUGACCCGCCGUAGACUCCAGCGAAUGCACCACUUGAGUUCAACUCUCAACGGGGUACCAUCGAUUCAAGACAGCAUUGUGAUUGACGAGCGCCCCCUGGAGUACCUGGAUGUUCCAGAGAAGGACCUACUGGAGCUGGAGGGUGCAGCAACAACAAUCCAGAGCAACUUCCGGGGUUACAAAGCUCGGAAGCGUCUGCGACGAGAAGACGCCAUGCAGAGAACCACAAUCUCCAUGGAACGAGCUUUCGGAGAAGAUGGCUUACGUCACACUGGAGAAUUUCAUGACUGCAUUCCCCUCCCGCUGCUGGACUUUGCCCCAAGGAUCUUCACCCCUGAAUGCCCACAAAACGAGCCCAAUGCAGGGGACAGAACCCCGAAGCAAACCGUGGGAAUGAUGUUUGAGUUAGCUGCAGGAGUUCCAGUUCUCCAGUUCGGUCUUCCCCCGAAGAUCACUAAACUAGUGGAUCUAGUAGUUCUCGCUAAAGACGAGAGUGCAGUCGAGAGUGGAUACCUGAAUUUUAUAACUAGUGUCGAAGAUGCGGAGAGUUCUCCAGCGGCUGCGGGCUUUUUCAAGCCUCCAGCGACGCCUGGAAGUGACGCCUCUGGAGAAAGUACAAGAGAGUUUGUGGAAUUGAGUCCAAGAAAAGGAGUGAUAAUCGAAGAGAUUACGAGUUUAGAAGAAGCUAAAAUUUUGAGUGAAAUGAAGGCGAAAGAGACUCCGGAGACUCCAGAAGUUCCAGCAGUUCCGGAAAAAGAUAUUGAAGAACUUGAAGCGACGAAGGAAGCUUCAGAAACUGCGGAAGAGGAGACAUCGACUCCCCUGGAGGACGAAUCUGGAGAAGUCCUGGAGAAACCUGGAAUUGAUAUUGCUGGAGCACUGGAAGCCCCUUUAGCCAUCCUAGGCUUUCCCAUGAAAGAGGGGAAACUCCUGCGUUAUGAAUCUGAAGACUCCAUGGCCUCGCACGACAGGAGACCCUUGCUGGAGGUGACCCUGACCCCUGGAGACCCCAUGAAGUCGUUGAGCCUCUCUCAAGAAAGUCAACUUGCAGGAGAAAGGAUCGAGUCUCCCAUCACGAUGAUGCAGAUUGUUCCAGGAAGGGGGGCAUCACUUCUCCAGGAUGACUCUGGAGAAAUUAUCACUGGAGAAGAUAAGAAGGAGGGAGAGGGGUCUUUAGAAGCACAAGGAAGUGCCGAAGAGACAAAAAAGGAAGGCGAUGGUUCAUCGUAUUUCUGGGAGUUUAACAAUCUCUGA